AUGGAGCAGGUUCAUGGCGUCGAUGUCAGCUGGAUGACUCCAGGGUCCUCCAAAGGCAUGUUGACAGCCUCCUCUCCGUUCCCCAGCUUCGAUAAACUUAAUAAAUCCUCCUCGCCCCCCAAAGCGAAUACCACACAGCCGCGCCAAAUACCAACACCUUCAAACGGCACGCCGUCGCAUCAGAGAAAAGACUCCAAGUCUGGGGCCGAGGCUAAUGUCCAGCCCAGCACACCUCUCAACGGCGGUUCCAGCCUUACAAAAAGGCUCUCGCGAUCCAGUUCAGUCGAUAAGCAACCCGCUGGUCCCAAUGGCACGCCGCCCGGACGUCGCAACACAUGGUUUUCCAAUAUUUCCGCCAAAUUCUCGGGCUCAUCCCCUGCCACUAACAGCCCACAAUCGCCAACAGAGCAGACGUCACCUCAUAACUCAAAUCUGCCGUAUCGCACUACAUCACACGAAGACCAGGGACCUACCUCACCACAAGCAUCGGAGCCUCCUGUACCGAAAAUAUCGCCCUCCAGAAAUGCUGUCCUUCAACACGGCGCAAAGCCGGAGGGCAGCGGUCCUUAUACACCUGCGCCGCCCAAAUCUGGCCAGGCCGGCAUCCUGAAUGUAUUUCGUCGCCUCUCGUCAUCCUCAUCGGCCAAUGGCGCAACCACCAAUCGUCUGGCGCACGGUCUUGUUGAACGCACCGUUCUCAACAAGGAUAAGAACAGAGAGCGGUGUAACAUAAGUGAACUGAAGGCGGCCAAGCUACGCCGCGUUGCGUUUUGUGUCGACGUGGAAAUUGCACCAAUGCCUAAGUACGCAAAUGGUGAAGUCGCUACACAACCAAUCGACAAGAGCACGAAAAAGAAACUCACCGAAAAGGGCGAAGGUGAAGCUCUGAAAAGCGACAGCGCUGUUAUGAAGGAAGAAAAUUUUGACGACGGCAAGCCAGAACCUGUGGCAGAGGCUAAGACCAACGGUCACGCAAAUGGCCCUGCCGAUGCAUUCCAGAAACUGCCGAGCAACACGCCGGAUGCAAAUGACAGUCCGGAACCGGAUACUGCUGUAGGAGAGAAGGAAAUGUCUAAGAAGAAAGAGAAAAAGAAGCGCAGUGAAGAGGAGCGGAAAGCGCGAAAAGAAAAGCGCAGGAAGCUGGCGGAAGACAGCGGCUCUAUUCCCGUCGAAAUCCAUUACGAUAGCCCAGAUUCGUCCGAUUCAGGGGCCUCUGGCACAAUUGUAACGAGCUCUCUGCCGACUACCAACCCCGCCAGAAUCUAUCGAAGAUGCUGCCAGCUUCGAGAGACACCCAUCUUGAAAAAGAUUACAGAGCAGCUCACAGAUCCGACCAACCUCUCUCACGGGGUUGUCAGCAAGCUAGAUUUGACGGGUUACUGGCUGCAGCUGGCUGACCUAGUGACUCUCGGCGACUAUCUUGCCGUUGUCCCGGUUCGAGAAGUUUUGCUUGAGAACAUUGGUCUCACGGAUGAGGGUCUGCGUGUCGUCUUGGCCGGUCUCUUAGCCGCCAAACCACCCACCUUCAGCCGCAAAAAGCCGAAGCACGAACAAGAAGUCCAAGGCGGCAUCGUCGAGCGUCUGGUCUUGAAGAACAAUAAAAUUGGGCCGGAUGGAUGGAAACACCUGUCCUUGUUCAUCUAUCUCUGCAAAUCUAUCAAGAGUCUCGACAUUUCCCACAUAGCCUUUCCGCGCCAGGCCGUGUCCCAAGUCGGCGCCACGCUGCCCAAUGGCCAACACAUCCCCCGCAGCAUUGCCGACAUUUUCGCCACUUCCAUCGGGGACCGGCUUGGCGGGCCGACUUUGGAGAUGAUCAACAUUGGCGAGACGGAACCCAGCAUGGAACAGCUCGGUGUCAUCCUCGACGGCAUGUUGAACUGCAAGGUGAAGCGUCUCGGGCUGGCACAUAAUCACCUGGAUGAGCAAGGCAUCAGUCAUGUGACGAGAUACAUUUCUUCAGGCAUUUGCGAAGGCCUUGAUCUGGCUGGGAAUGAUCUCCGAGGUCACGAGGAGAAACUCGCGUCGGCGCUGAAGGCGAACGUCGGUCUCUGGGCUCUCAGCUUAGCAGGCUGUGAACUGGGACCGUCUUCUCUCUCGAAGAUUCUACCGGUCCUUGCCAACAUGCCCGAUAUCCGAUUUGUCGAUCUAUCUCACAAUAAGGAAUUGUUUCAGUCGCGGCCUAGUGCCGUCGGUCUCUUGAGACGAUACCUGCCUAAAUGCACUGGGUUAAAACGAAUUCACUUGUCUGAUGUCAGCAUGAACUCGGAGCAAGCUAUUGCGUUGGUUGAGGUCCUUCCAGAAAUUCAACAGCUAGCGCAUAUCAACCUACUGGAGAACGAGGAGCUCGUCAAGCUGGCCCACGCAAAGAGUGAAGAGGCUCAAGAGGAAGCAUGCGCGCUCUAUGCUUCGCUCAUGGCGGCCGCGCGAGUCUCCAAGACAAUCGUUGCCAUUGAUAUUGACGUUCCUCAUGACGAGGCUGGUGAAAUCGUCAAGGCGAUGGCGAAGCAGGUUGUCGCUUACUGUCUACGCAACAUGGAGGCAAUUCCGGAUACGGGCAUCGGCGCUGCCAUGGCGGCCACACUGUCGGAGAGUAACGAGGCUGAUGACUCUAAGCCGGCUGGCUAUUCCGACGUCAUUAUGCAUCUUGUAGGCCACGACGUUAUGCAAGAAAGCGACGAAGAAGACAACAGCUCGGCCCCUGAUGAAGACUACGUUAUCGGGGGCACUGGCGUUGUUAAAGCCCUCAAGUGCUGUCUUGAGAAUCGCGGAGACGAGUCGCAGCGUCAGUCUGGCGAGUUCAGUCGGGACGCGGAAGCGACUGAUGCGUCGCUUGCAAGCCGCAGGCUGGCCACGGGUGGCAAGGCAAAGGAUAUGUCCAAGCAUCUGCUUGCGGGAGCGCGCAAGAUUCGACUGCGCUUACAGCCUGCCCUUAUCAAGGCCAAGGCAAACCCAGGCGACGAAAUGACGCUGAGAAAGCUCACGUUCCUUGACGAAACACUGCAGGGCAUCAUCAACCGAUUCGAAGACGAGUAUCCGGACACGCGAGAGACAUCGGAGCUCAGCAAUACGGACCCGAAGCGCACCAGAAGCCCGUCGGCCGAGUCGGUCAACGAACGGGCCCGGGCGGAGGAGACGGUGGUCUCGGACGGUGAAGACGAAGGCGAGAUUCGCGGGUCGCGGCUGUCGCGGAGCAACUCGACGUUGUCCAAGGUGCUUGCGGAAGAGGAGGGGCGGGUGCACCGGGCGGGCCACCGGUUCCGGGUGGGCAUGGUGUCGCAGAUGCAGAUGAGGGACCUGGUGGCGUCGAUUGACGACAUUGGCGCGGACCCGCGGCACGUGCGGAUGCUGACGGAGCUGGCCGAGGACGUGGGCGGCGACUUCUGGGCCGAGGUGCAGGCCAAGGGCGUGAUCCAGGCGUACAAGGACAACCGCGAGUCGCUGCUGACGACGAUGAAGGCGAGCGACCCGGACGGCGCGCAGUGGGAGCGGUUCGUGGAGUCGCAGAAGAAGGCGCUGGCGAACCGCACGGUGCCGAGCGAGCAGGAGAAGACGCUGCGGGAGGCGGCGCGGGCGGCAGAUGAGAAUGCGAUUGCGGAUUGA